UCUCAUCUCUAAUCAGCUGUUUAACCCAAACAGAGAGUUUUGUUGUGCGAAUUUGUUUUACUUUUUGAACAAAGGGCGUUAUCCAUUAGGAUUGCCACCAAGAUGGAGCAGCUUUCGGGUGUGAUGAUCAUCAUCAUCAUUAGUGGCGGAGUUCUCACCUUCUCGAUGCUGUUCAUAUUCGCCAAGCGACAAAUCGUUCGAUUCCAGCUGCGAGGACGUCGUGGUCCGCACGUCCAAGUGGGUAACGAUGCCAAGAAGGCGCUACGCCGCGAGAUUGAACGCAGGUUGGAUUGUAUACAAAAGAUAGCACAGGAACCAAAGCUACUGUGGAACGAUGCCGACAAGUACAUAGUGCAGCCUGAGCAAGAGGAAUCACAACGGCCACCCUAUUACCACCGCAUGAAGGCCGUGGAUGAUGUGAAAUUGUUGGAAUCGGAAAUUGCUCGGGCUGAUGGCAGCACACGGCAUGCCCAUGAGAGUUUAAGGGCUUUUCUGUUGACCACCUUGUCGGUGACUCUCAAUGGAGCCGGGCAACGAAUGAUUCAUCAGUAUUGCGAUAUGUACGAGCACGCUCGUCAUGAUCCUAACGAGUUUGGCAAGGAUGAAUAUGAGGCCUAUCAUCAUUUGUUGCUCAAGCUGUUGGAGGCAGCCAAACAGCUGAAGAACUAUAAUUCGAGAAAGGCUUCUCCUGCUCGUACUCCACGCAAGCAGACCAAGAUGCAUUCACUCUUGGAUCCUGCACGUCUAAGACCUCCACCACCCACGAGUGAGAAUGUGCCGCCUAGUAGUGAGCUAACUGCUGGACAACAUGCCAAAGUCAAUAUGACUCUGGGCCUACAGGGUGGUAGUGUGGGUGGCAUCACCGGGGGCGCAACUGUGGGUGAGGAUGAACUUGCCACUAAUCCGUUGCAUUUGCAGCCAACCGCUGAAAGGGAUCUCAUUAUACGGAACCGCAUAAAGACUCCAACACUCGAUGACAUUGUUGUUGAUGCCGAUCAUCAUCAGAAUGCCGGAGAGGUGGGAGGCAUCAGUGGUAUCGAUCAGACGGUAGAGAAUGAGAUUAUGAGUAUCUCGUCAGUGCAAUUUCAGAGAAACUCCAGUAAUGUCUAACAAUAAGCCAAAGUCACACAGAUUUAGUUAUAGCUUACAAUUUAAUUCUUUAAAAUUUAAUAAUAUGCAUUAUAAUAUCAGUAGUAA